AUGGCGCCUGGCAACGUGAGCUUGCCGCCUAACCUCACGCAACAAAAUGUCCAGGAGAUACUCCAAAAAUACAAGCAAAUGCAAGAACAAGGUGUUCGUCCUGAUGACCCGGAGUUCAUCAAGGCCCACAACCUACUUGCUGCCAUUCAACGACAACAAGCUUUCCAAAAACAACAGCGCAUGGCUCAGCAACAGGCUCAGCAGGCUCAACAGCAGCGCCAACAGCAACAAAUGAAUGGCGCUACUCCUGAAGCUGCCAAUGGCUCUCAUGGUCGCACACCCUCGGCUUCCUCGACUGCUGCCACACCUAGUGCCACUAAUGCCUCGGCAGUUGCUCUGAACCAGAAGAACGCGACGGUUGGAAGCGGUAGCUUUUCACCAGAGCAACUAGCUACUCUUCGAAACCAAAUAUUGGCGUUCAAGAUGCUAUCCAAGAAUCUCGCCAUUCCCCUGCGUGUCCAAGAACAGCUUUUCCAAAACCAGAAGAAGUCUCUACCACCUACUCCCGUAGAGAACGUUACCGCAGCCGAAAAGGUCAUUGAAGCUGCUACCGAAGUUGCGGGCAGCCAGCCUCCAGAAAGCUCAGAUGCUGAAGUCAUGACCAGGGAGUGGUAUGACAACUUCCAGUCUCCAUACGACUCGCUCUCCAAGACUAUUAGCUAUACUGACCACGCCAACCGUGCGAACCGUGUGCGUAUCCCCGCUCUCUUGCCACCUGGUAUCGACCUGGAGCAGAUGCGCGAGGAUCGUGAGAUCAUACUGUACAAUAAAAUCACCGCCCGCAAAGCAGAACUUGCUCAACUUCCCGCCAACCUUGGUGUAUGGGAUACAAGCAAGAGCGACGCACCAACCUACGAUGACUCUCUCAAGCUGAAGGCCCUGAUUGAGUACAAGUCGCUUAAUCUCUUACCCAAACAGCGACAGUACCGGAAGCAGCUCCAGAGCGAGAUGUUCCACUAUAGUAACCUCGGAAUGACAGCUAAUCGCUCGAGUCACCGCCGCAUGAAGAAGCAGUCACUGCGCGAGGCUCGUAUCACUGAGAAGCUCGAGAAGCAGCAACGUGAUGCCCGCGAAUCUCGAGAGAAGAAGAAACAGUACGAUCAGCUGCAGGCCAUCCUCAACCACAGCGCUGAUCUCGCCAAUGCUUCCGCCCAGCAACGUGCGCGCUCGCAGAAGCUGGGCCGUAUGAUGAUCUCACACCACCAGCAUAUGGAGCGCGAAGAGCAGAGGCGUGUGGAGCGAACCGCCAAGCAGCGUCUGCAGGCUUUGAAGGCCAACGAUGAGGAGACAUACCUGAAGCUUUUGGGACAGGCGAAGGAUUCGCGUAUCUCUCAUCUACUCAAGCAAACCGACAACUUCCUUAAGCAGCUUGCUGCUUCCGUCAAGGAGCAACAGCGCAACCUGGCGAAUCGUUAUGGCGAGGCGCAUGAUUAUGACGAAGAGUCUGACCAAGAGCUUGCGGAUAGUGAAGACGAGGGAGAUAAUCAGACCGCCACUGGAAAGAAGAAGGUUGACUACUAUGCUGUCGCUCAUCGCAUCAAUGAAGAAGUCACCUCGCAGCCCGACAUGCUCGUGGGAGGUACUCUCAAGGAGUAUCAGAUCAAGGGCCUGCAAUGGAUGAUUUCACUGUACAAUAAUAACCUGAACGGUAUUCUGGCUGACGAGAUGGGUCUUGGAAAGACGAUCCAGACCAUCAGUUUGAUUACCCACAUCAUUGAAAAGAAGAAGAACAAUGGGCCGUUCUUGGUCAUUGUUCCACUGUCCACGCUCACUAAUUGGAACAACGAGUUCGAUAAGUGGGCACCCGGCGUGAGCAAGGUAGUCUACAAGGGUCCGCCCAAUGCACGAAAGCAACAACAACAGCAGAUCCGCUGGGGCAACUUCCAGGUUCUCCUCACCACCUACGAGUACAUCAUCAAGGAUCGUCCGAUCCUCAGCAAGAUCAAGUGGACACACAUGAUUGUCGACGAAGGUCACCGCAUGAAGAACACGCAAUCUAAGCUCAGCAGCACUCUCUCAACCUAUUACACCAGUCGAUACCGUAUCAUUUUGACCGGUACUCCCUUGCAAAACAACUUGCCCGAACUAUGGGCUCUUCUCAACUUCGUCCUUCCCAACAUCUUCAAGUCUGUCAAGUCGUUUGAUGAAUGGUUCAACACACCUUUCGCAAACACUGGUGGCCAGGACCGCAUGGAUCUGAGCGAAGAAGAGCAACUUCUUGUUAUUCGUCGUCUUCAUAAAGUUCUUCGGCCAUUCCUUCUGAGACGUUUGAAGAAGGAUGUCGAGAAGGAUUUGCCCGACAAGCAGGAGCGUGUCAUCAAGUGCCGAUUCUCCGCCUUGCAGGCCAAGUUGUACAAGCAACUUGUUACCCACAAUAAGAUGGCCGUCACUGAUGGCAAGGGCGGAAAGACUGGAAUGCGUGGUCUCAGCAACAUGCUGAUGCAGUUGCGAAAGCUUUGCAACCAUCCUUUCGUCUUUGAGCCUGUUGAAGACCAGAUGAACCCCACUCGCAUGUCCAACGACCUUCUUUGGCGUACAGCAGGAAAGUUUGAGCUACUUGAUCGCAUCCUUCCCAAGUUCCGUGCCACGGGCCACAGAGUCUUGAUGUUCUUCCAGAUGACUCAGAUUAUGAACAUCAUGGAGGAUUUCCUUCGUCUUCGUGGAAUGAAAUAUCUCCGCCUGGACGGAUCCACUAAGUCUGACGACCGAUCGGAACUCUUGAGACAGUUCAACGCUCCUGGGUCUGAAUACUUCUGCUUUUUGCUUUCCACCCGUGCAGGUGGUCUUGGUCUCAACCUGCAGACUGCAGACACUGUUAUUAUCUACGAUUCGGAUUGGAACCCUCACCAGGAUUUGCAAGCCCAGGAUCGUGCCCAUCGUAUUGGCCAGAAGAACGAGGUCCGCAUUUUGCGGCUUAUCAGCUCUAACUCGGUCGAAGAGAAGAUCCUUGAGCGUGCACAGUUCAAGCUGGACAUGGAUGGCAAGGUUAUCCAGGCCGGAAAGUUCGAUAACAAGUCCACCAACGAAGAGCGAGAUGCACUUCUUCGAACUCUCCUGGACACGGCAGAGGCUGCGGAGCAGAUUGGCGAUCACGACGAAAUGGAUGAUGAUGAACUCAACGAAAUUAUGGCCCGAUCCGAAGAAGAAAUUCCUAUCUUCCAGGAGAUAGACAGGCAGCGAAUCGCUACUGACCAAUAUGGUCCUGGCCACCGCUACCCUCGACUUAUGUGCGAGCAAGAAUUGCCCGAAAUUUACAUGCAGGAGGAUAACCCUGUCACCGAAGAAGUCGAGAUUGAGGUCACUGGUCGCGGUGCUCGUGAACGUAAGGUGACCAAGUACGAUGAUGGUCUCACCGAAGAGCAGUGGUUGAUGGCAGUGGACGCCGAUGACGAUACUAUUGAAGACGCCAUCGCACGCAAGGAAGCUCGCGUGGAGCGUCGCAAGUCUAACAAGCUUGGACGUGACGGAGAUGACUCUUCACCCGAGCCAUCGGUUAUUGAUGAGGACGACACUCCUCAAAAGCAGAAGCGUCGUCGUGGUCCUCCUCCUAAGCGCAAGGCCGAGGAAGUUGUGGAAGAAACUCCCCAGCCUAAGCGCAAGAGAGGCCGCCAGCCUAAAGUUCCGGAUACUCUCAACCCCACUGACCGUGCCAACUUGACUCGCAUUCUUGAUACCGUGAUUCAGUCGUUGAUGGACAUGGAGGCUGAGGUGCAACCGGAGGGUUCUGAUAGUGAAGAGGGUCCCAUGGUCCGUUCAAUUAUCGAACCAUUCAUGAAACCUCCGCCGCGCUCUUAUUACCCCGACUACUACAUGAUCAUUCAAAAUCCCAUUGCCAUGGAUGCGAUUCAGAAGAAGGUCAAACGGGCCGAUUACCAGAGCUUGAAGCAAUUCCGUGAUGACAUCCACUUGCUUUGCCAGAAUGCUCGGACUUACAACGAGGAUGGUAGCGUGCUAUUCCAGGAUGCCAAUGAUAUUGAGACCAAGUGCUUGGUAGAAUUGCGACGAUUGACCGAGGACCAUCCCGAGCUCGCCAACUUUGAAGAUCACUACACCGGCGGUGAUGGCUCGACCGAGUUUGCUUCGGGCGCCGACACUCCGCUUACUGCUGGCACCCCAGGCCAACCGAAGCUGAAGCUCACCUUCAAUAAUCCCAACCGGGAUAGCCCUUCAAACGGCGGAGAGUACGGGUUUGGAGAGUGA